CUUUAGCCUCGUGAAAUCGAAGGAGCGACUAUCGAUAUCUUGGCACGUGCUGUCGAUAUCGCGUUAUGCACUGGUUCCAGAGAUUCGCGUGUCCGUGAUGUUCGUUUUGUAAUUACGUGCUGAAUCGUACAAGCGAGGUUUCGCGCCGAGCGUGUUUGUGCGAGAACGGUCGCCUCGUCGCAAAUGAUAAGCAACACCGUCGAAGCAGCGCUGUAAAAAAGGAAUAUGGCCGCGACGGCGAAAACCGUACUUCCCGAGGAAAGCGAGUUAACCGUGCAGGAAAUCGAUGCUAGUUGGCCAACACUGCACACCGCAUCGGUUUACAUCGGCAAAGCCUGCGAGUGGUACAAUAAUGAUUUUAUGUUAUGUAGAUCAGAGGAAGGUGACCCGCGUCGUUGCCUGAACGAAGGGAAGGCUGUAACCGCUUGUGCCCUAGAUGUUCUCAAAAAGCUGAAGAAGCACUGCCUGGACGAUUUCAAUGCAUAUAUGACUUGUCUUGAAAGAUCAUCUGGAACGUUGGAGUUCUCUCCAUGCCGAAAAACGCAGGCUGCGUUGGAUCAGUGCGUUCUUCAGAAUUUGAAUAUAGAACGUCCAUCUUUCGGUUACUUCUGCGAGACCAAAGUGCACCACACGUCGAGGCCACGACCAGAGACUCCAACUACAACGUUUCCAGAUCCGGUUCCCGGAAUUCCACCCGAUCAACCGCGUGAGAAAGCCAAGUACCACAAUCGCUUCUGGUAUAAGAGUUAAAUCUUUCAAAGGAUUACCACUGAGUACUUCGAUCGUGCUGCACAAGUCACGUUGUCGGACGAUUCGGGGUGCUUCAGGUAAUUAGACAAUUCUAGAGAAUCGAGGGUACGCAACUUGCAGUUGCGCUUCUAAAUGUAGAAACGUCUCGCUUGGAAAUGUAUAGAACUGCCAUUGUACAUGUGACAUUGUUAAUAUAAAGUAAUGAACAGCAAAAUAAGCGAUAAUUCGCUCAUUCAUUGUGUUGUUUCACCUUGUACAAAUACAGAUGUCGAGCACCACAA